UACUUACAGUACCUACGUAUAGCGCAAGCGUAUUCGAAUUCGUUCGUGUGUGAAUUUUAAGAGAGAAUUAUUAUGGCCGAUACCGCAGUUGCAACAGAGGCACCCGCUCCGGCGACGCCCGCCAAGAAGCCGAAGGCCGCCGCAUCUGGUGCUGCGAAGAAGCCAAAACCGAAACCCACUCACCCGAAGACGUCGGAAAUGGUCAACAGCGCUAUCAAAGAGUUGAAAGAGAGGAGCGGAUCGUCGCUUCAGGCCAUCAAAAAGUACAUAUCCUCCCAAUACAAGGUGGACGCUGAAAAAUUGGCACCGUUCAUUAGGAAAUAUUUGAAGAGCGCCGUAGAGUCCGGUACGUUGAUACAGACCAAAGGCAAGGGUGCGUCCGGCUCGUUCAAACUCGAAUCCAAGUCGUCGUCCGCCAAGAAACCGGAGGCCGCGAAAAAGUCCGCCGCUAAGAGCGCCACCUCCGCUGCGACCGCUAAAAGCAAGAAGUCCGCCGCGGCGAAGGGCGGCAGGAAGGCCGCAUCGGCCGCAUCCUCGGCGGCUGGAUCUCCGUCGAAGGGGGCCAAAUCGGCUUCCGCUACUGCCAGGGACAAGAAGGCCGCCGCCGCCGCCAAGAAGAAGACACCCGCAGCGUCCGCCAAGAAGGCGUCCGCCGCCUCUCCGUCCAAGUCGAAGGGGGCCGCCGGUGGUGCCGCAUCGAAGGCUAAAAAGUCUGCGAAACCACCCACCAAAAAGCCUAAAGCACCCAAACCGAAGAAGGCCGCUCCCAAAUCGAAACCGGCAGCGAAGAAGGCCACCUCCGCCGCCAAGAAGUAAAAAGCGCGACCGACGAAGCGUCAUAAUUAUUGACCGAGAUACGUCUCGCCGUGUGUUGUUUGUUUUUGUGGUUGUGCGCAGCAGCUGUUGUAGUCUAACAACGACGAAGAUUUGUACCGAGGUCACGUUAUGGUGCCGUGGUGCGUUCGUGUAUACUGCAUUUAUAAUGAAUUUAUUAUGUGCAGCCUACACGUUAAUAAUAAAAAGCCCUUUUCAGGGCUAACAUAUAACUCUUA